CACCCUGUCUUUGUUCUCUCAUUCUCUUAUCUACAUUCACACUGCUUUGGCUACUGGUGCUAGGUGAAAAACAUGAACUUCCUCUCUUUACGUUUCUCUAUUAUUUUUUUUUAAAUACUUAGUCCUGUUUUUCAGUUUGCUGUGUUAGUACCCGUUUCGUUUAGAUGUCAAACUUUGCCUUUCUCUAAUUCUGAUCAUUCUUGAUCGUUGAAGUUCUACAGCAUUCUGGUACGUCUUUCUAUAUUCUAUGUUCAAAGAGAAGGGGAGUAAAACGUGAGAAAAAAAUAUGAACAACACCAAGGAGAAAAGGUGAUAAGAACCAAACACGAAAGAAAACAAGACAUGGAAAAUUUUUCCAGGAAUGAGAGCAACACAAUGAAAAAUAUUCUGUCAAGAAUGUCACGUAAACUCAGCAAACCACUGAAGCAUGAUCUGAAAUUGGGGCUAAGGAGUGGUUGUCAAUCAAACUGUGAAGAAACAUCAGAAUCAAAUAUAGAUAAUGGUGACCAGUUGAAGUUGUGUGACUAUUGUGUCCGCAAGAGACAGUUAAAGGAAUUCAAUCAAUGGUUUCCAAGACUAAGUGAAGACAACAAACAACGUUGCAUCUUAGGAUUUGUCCAGCGCCUCUCCAGUCACAUUGAAAUACUCAGGCGUCUAUGCAGGAUGAUGGCACCAACUUUUAAAAAGGACUAUGUGUACACUUGCUGUAGACUGAUCAGAGGCCAGGAGACAACUCAAUCAAUCUUUGGCAUUAAUCAAACUCUGUCUGAUAACUUCAGUAACAAAGUCAUUGAAUCAACUUUGAAAGGUUAUGAUGACAUGUCAGCACGGAACAAGCUAAAUUUUCUGGUUGCUGUCCUUCAGAGAUGUGACAUGCAUCACAUCUACCUUGUCUACAACUUUGUCACAACCAUAGUGCAGGCUGAUAACACUCGCAGUUCAAAAAAGAAUGUACAGAUAUCUCCAGCAAUCAAGCAAAAAGAUAUUCUUAUUGACACUAGCCAAAAUACUUUGAGGUCCAAUGAAAACACAACUGAACAGUCCACCAAUUUGAUAAAAAGAUCAAAAAGAGAGACAAACCUGUAUCAAUUUAAAGACUUAAUUGGUCAACUACCAGCACCAUUGGCCAAGUAUAUCCUCAGUAUGUUGGAUGAGGUCAGCUUACGCAAUGCUACCAGGGUUAGCUCAAAAUGGCGCACCCUAGUAAAGCAGUUAACGAAGGAAGCAGUUCUGAGUCAGCAAGUUGCUGAAGAAGCUUUGCUUUUACAGGGAGCAAUGUCACAUGGUGUAAACCCAACCUAUGCAAAAGAUGUUGAUGUAAUAGUACCGAAUGUCUGCAGCCAGACUUGGAAUGUCAUUUACAAUGGUGAACCAAUCAUUGACACCUCAUCACUCAAUGAAGUCAACUUUGAGGCAGCCUUCAGUGGGAUAUCUACCCGUAAAGUGAUAAUGGAGGAGAAGAAUAUAUACUGUGGUGCCUACAAUGUGAUGAUAUUGCAAAACAAGAGAGAUAAUCAUCGAGUGAUCCAUACAGAUGGAGGAGAACUGAUUGCAGUCAGCUCUGAAGACCAUAAAAUCCGUUUCAUCAAUUCAACCACUGGUAAAGAUAUUGGUCCAACUAUCUCAGGUCAUGCUGGUUCCAUCCAUUGCCUACAUCUCUGUGAAAAGAAGAGGAUUAUUCUCAGUGGUAGUUAUGAUACAAGCAUCCGAUGCUGGUCAAUAGACACUGGUCGCUGUCAGAAGAUAUACCGUGGUCAUCGAAGCACAGUUUUGUGUGUUCGUCUUUUCAAAGAUGCUGUAGUAUCUGGGUCAAAAGAUGCCUCCUGUAGAUUGUGGGACCUGAACACUGGUAAAUGUCUGAAGGUUAUGCAUCAUUUGAAAGCAGUGAGGUCAGUGGCAAUAUCUGGAGAACUCGUUAUCAGUGGAUGUGAUGAGGGUGAAGUGAAGGUUUGGCACCGUGGCACAGGAAAAAUGGUUAAGAAAUUAAAGGGUCACUCAAGUUCAAUAAUGUGUCUUAAAUUUGACCGCUGGCAUAUUGUAAGUGGUGAUAAAGAUGGUUAUGCCAUGGCCUGGAGUUCCCAAGGUGAUCAUAGCCGCUGUCUGAAUGUUUUCAAACAUCCAAAGGAAGUGUGGUGUAUUGAACUUGCAUUUCUGAGAGUUGUUACUGGAUCUGAUGAUGGUAGGAUCCGAAUAUGGAAUUUGAUAACUGGCCAAUGUUGCCGAAUUAUGAGAGGUAACAGCCAGAGUGAUCCAAUCUUGCAUCUACUCCCUGUUGUAAAUAGACUUACAGUAAAUACCCACACUAAAAUAUUGACAUUGAUAUUUGAAGAAAUAGAAUGGAACUAUGACCUAGAGAAUGACAGUUUACCCCCACUGGCUAAGUACACUGGCUCAAGUCACCACUCUAGAAAUGAGAAGUGGCAAUAUUUAAAUUGGUCAGAGAACAGAACAGGCAGAGAUAGCAUUUCAAAUAGUGAUCGUUCAAAAUCCUUCUCUUUGUUUGGACAAAGAGGCAACUCUCAAAUACAAAGAAUGAGCAUAUCAGAAGGUAGUAAGAGUUUUCAACUCAACCAUAAAGUUAAAAGUUUCAGAACAAACCAUUUGACAAUAUCUAAAUACAAUUUGAAGAAUCGACUGAGCCACUCAGCUCAAAGUGGUUAUAGAUCAAAAGACAAACUGACUCACUCUUCGCAAAACAGUCAAAGGACUUCAAGCAAGUGGAAGAAGAAAGAUGCCACCUGGCAACAGAAAUCUAAAAGUGAGAAUGAGAUGAAAAUAAAUUUUGUCAAAAAGUCUACAGUAAUUUCAAAUAAUGUUUCCCAAAUUGCUCAAAAUGGUGAAAAUCUAAAAUCUGAUGAAGAAACUGAUCAGGAGUUAACUCUGGUGCGUAGACUAUCAUGGUCUUUUGAUCCCCCUAAGGUUGUUGAGUCCAAAGAAGUUAGUUUGCUUGAAACUAAAAGCUUGCUGAGGUCCCAAAUUCGUACUAAAACUAAAGUGAAAAUUCCAGAGUUUAUCCAUUUAACAAGACAAGCUUACCAACAACAUCAGCAGCAGAGUAAACUUACAAAUGUGACACCUUCAAAAACACACCGGUCUCUCUCUUCUCCAGGGAAAAUUGACCCAAGGACAAGAAUUUCUCUUAAUCAAGUGUUCCUAUCUCAAUUGAAGGACUCUGGUUCUUCCAAUGAAAAUAAAGAAAACAAUGAUGAUGAUCCAAAAGGUAAGACAGAAGCUAGAAUUAUGACAAAGACAACAGUGCUGACCAAGUUUGUCACAAAAUACACCAAAACCAAGGCAAAAUUUGAAAUGCAAUCACCAAAAAUAAAGUCUACCAUUCCAAGAGGUUGGACCACAAGUCCUGCACCAACUUGGUUUCUACUGGAACAAGAUUCAAAAUCUUGUGUUAUCAGACCAAUUACAGCUUUUACUAAACAUACCAAAUCAGAUUCAGAUUUGGUUAUAAAAAGAGGAUUUUAUUCUUCAGAUUCUCUCAUGCAGCCAGUUCAAAGAUUAAUUCCAACUAAACAACAGAUGGAUAAAAUUGCUGAACUUCAGGCAAACUACCGUUUAAGGUGUGAAAGUCGACGGCAGGAUAACAUGAUACAGGGCAGGGUGAGGUUGUGUGAUGAUCCACUUAGAGAUUAUGCUGAAUUUCAUCUGAAAACAUAUCAGGAAGAAAACCAAGAAAUUGAAGAGAUGGAGAGAAUGAAAAAAUGUCUUGAAAUGGAACAAAAACAAAAGCAAGAGCAGAAGCAAAUAGCACACUGGUUGGCAUUUUCUAAGGGUUUACGUACAUCAAGUUGAUAUCAAAUCUGCAAUAAGAAUGUAACAGAGACAACCAAACUGUUCCAAUCAAAUUGUAAAUAAUUAAUUUAUUCCUUUAGACAUAAUUCUCCAAUUUCUUUAGGGAAGUAGGGUGUAUUUGACUGAACCCUAGUAUAUCACUGGUAUUAUUUUAAGCUCCUUAGAAAAUUGAAAGACAAGGUGUUAUUUGAACUUGUAAUGUAGAGAGAUGGAACUAAAUGCUGUAAUGAGUCUAGUCUGACAAACUACCAUUUGAGCUGACAAUAUUCUCUAAAUUGUUGAGAAUGGCUACCAGACUAACUGAAAAUUCUUUCACUGUUUUUGUACAUAUUGAUUAAAUUUAGAAUAGAAGAUUUAUCCUUUUAA